AUGGCGGAAACAAAUCCAAACGAUAAUUCUCCAAAAUCACUUCCAUUGCGACGUCAUUCUGAUGUGCUUGUUAAUACUGGUACUACGUAUAGCGCCACCACCCCAAAUUCAUUAAAUGAAGGCAAUUCUAUUAGUUCUCACAGGGAAUUGAUUAUCCCGUCAUCUGCAGGCGGAAGACAGCAAAGUCCUGUAUUAGAUUUAGUGCAUCCAAUCUCAUCAGGGAACUUGACCACGACUUCGCAAGAGACACGGACAAGAAAUUGUAUUAGUUGGUGCUCUGGGUUGUUCAAUUUUAGAAACUCGUCUCAACAGACCGCCGAGAAUCUGUCUUUGUUGCCAGUUUAUCAUGUUAGGUCCAACACAUCACCCACAGAUUCAGCUGGAAUGACAAGCAAUUUAUCUGAUUUCAUCAGACGAUUGUUACCGGGGUUAGCGCGGGAUCGAUAUCCAAACACGUUCUCAUGGUUGUUGGCAACAUUAUUAACAAUUGUAUUGAUUGCAGCCACAUUAGGUCUUUACUUUUCGGGCAAUUUGCUGGGGCUCCUUGUUCUAUUCAGAGCUUUGGUUUGCUCGGUUUUCCGCCAAUUCCAGCCUUCAGAUGUAGCUUUACCGCUCUUUUGUAGAAGCUAG